UCGAGACCCUUCGAAAAUGGUCGUCGGGACGGCAUUUCACAACGUGCACGCAAAUUCACAGUAAUAUGCCCUCGUCACCGCUCGCGAUCGAGAGCAUUGAGAUCAUCGCGGCGUUUCUCCCAUGGACCGACGACCUCUGGACGCUCCUGGAUGUGCUUCCAGCGUACACGCCGGCCAUGCGAAGAAUGGCGUGUGCACACAUCACUGGACGACGGCAUUGAUGCCUGCUGGCCGUUCCUACGGGUGCGAGCGCGCGAGAUGAAAGAUGGCGCGACGCCCAUCACGACGCACGCCGCCGCCGUCGCGCCGUUCGUGCCAAAGGUCACUGCCACGGUCCAUAACCUCCACGAGUGCCUUUGGCGCGUGCUACGGUUUUCCCACCUUGUGACGCACACAACCGUGUUGCAUUCGGAACGCGCCGGCAACAUGGCAACGGUGCUCGCAGACGACGGGACGGCGCUUUGCGAUGCCUUGGCCGGGUGCCCCCGACUCGAGACCUUCUCGAUCCAAUACGACUACGAAGACUACACGGGCAGCAUGGCGUACGUCAACAACAUCCUCGCAAUCAUCGAUCAACACCCGCGCAUUCUGCGUCUGGAUAUUGCUGGUAGCGGCAGUACCACGACGAAGCUCACGCCUCGGACGACCGAGCGUAUCAUCCAGUGGCUGCGCUCACGCCCGGCGGUCUCGCUGUGCCUGUUCAAGACUGACCUCACCAUGUGCUAUGUGGGCAAGAACACGCUCGGCGAGGCGCUGGCGCAGGCGGUGGCGGCGUCGACCACGCUCGAAUACAUCGAGCUCGACAGCUUGCGCUACUUUGACGUGCAUGGGCUCCAUGGAUUGCCAUUGCCGGUGACCACGCGGGUCUUUCGCUGGUCCAACGUCGGGCUCACGGACACAGUUUCAUUCGGGGACGUCGUCGCCAACAACUUGGGGCAGUCGCUUGCACCGGCGUCUCGUUUGGAGGAGCUCCAUGUGACAUAUACACGCGCCUUGCGUCCAGCAUUUCUCAAUCGAGUGUUGAGUCACACGCUGCCUUCCAUGCCGCAACUCCAUACACUGAGCCUCGACGGCAUCGUCUUUCAGAACGCAUGCAUGCCGCAACUCUUUGACGUGCGUCCGAUGAUGCCAGCGCUGGCGUCACUGCACCUUGACAACACUCGACUGAGCAACUUGAGUGUCGCGGCCCUCGCUGCCGUGCUGCCACACUGCGCCGCGCUGCGCCGGGUGCUCGUGGGCGGAGGAACGUACACCGAGGCGUCUACUGCGGCACUGCUGUCGACGGCGGCCGCGAUGCCGCGCCUCGAGCACCUCGCCGUCGACACUGGCGAAACGCUCAGCGAAGACGCGGUCGGCGACGGCCGCGUCUGCGGUGUCACCAACGCCGACAAGACGAUAGUCUGCACCUUCAACGACGUCAACUGGAAGACGCUCACGGACGCCAACUGGGCGCACGGUUUCGUCUUUGACAUCACAGUUUUGCCUCCGACAGCAGCAACAAGCUCAGCUCGCACCACGUUUCAGUACGUGUUUACACAAACUCAGUGA